AUGGAGGCCACCCAUGAACCACAGACCAUUCACCACUCAGCAGCAGUACCAGCAAGGCAUGAUGCAGUUGUCAGGAACAUUGAAUCCCAUUUGGGACAAAUUGCUACCAGUCUCAAUACAAGAGCACAAAGAUCACUAUCAGGGGAUACUGACGUCCCCUCAACAACCUCACCAAAGGUAGUACUCACUUUACCCAAUUCCCCUUUAGAGAAAAUCAAGGCGGUCACCUUGACAAGUGGGAAAGCCACUACACAACUCACCACUUUGCCAGAGAAAAAGGAACAGAAUAAAGCAUCUGAAGCAGCUCUAAAAGCACAACAACAACAACCAGCCACAGAUGAGCAGAAACCAGAACCUGGAAAAGAAGCCAAAGCUAAAGAAAACCAGGUGGACAGAAGUCAACCAAUCAGUCUAACUCUAAGCAGGCAAAUACCAACAAAAAUUCUGUUCCCUCAGAGAAAAAAGAAGCAACAAGAUGAUAAGCAGUUUGGAAAGUUCCUGGACAUUCUAAAACAACUCCACAUCAACAUCCCUCUUGUGGACGCACUAGAACAAAUGCCCAGUAACUUUACAGAUGCAGACAAAUCCAUUGUCAAGCCAGAAGGGAAGAUUGAAGAUCUGCUAGUCAAAGUAGACAAAUUUAUCUUGCCUGCUGAUUUCAUCAUCUUGGAUUACGAAGCUGAUAUUGACGUUCCCAUCAUUCUGGGUAGACCGUUCCUAGCAACUGGAAGGGCAUUCAUCAAUGUACAAAAAUGGGAACUAUCCAUGAGAGUUCAUGAUGAUGAAAUCAAAUUCAAAUUCAAUAUCGUGAAAGCAAUGAAGUUCCAGGAUGAAGAAGAAGAUUUGGAAGAGUGUUCUGCACUUACUUUGUUAGAUAACCAGUUCAGCAGAAAAACAGAAGGGGAAGAAUAUGAGGAAGAAGAAGAAGGUCCACAAAAAGAGUAG